CAGCCAUCCCCAAUUCGAAAUCAUCCGUAAACUCCACGGCUCCGCCGUUUCUCCGCCGUCCAACCCAAUGCCCUCCGAAUCAUCGGCGAUCGCCGCCGCCACCACCACCACCAUAGACGACCUUCACUCCGACGUCCUCACAAGCACCCUCCGUCUCCUGGACGGACCCAGCCUCGCCGCCGCCUGCUGCGCCUCCUCCCGCCUCCGUUCCCUCUCCUCCCAAUCCGACCUCUGGCUCCACCUCUGCCUCUCCACCUGGCCUUCACUGCGCCAUCCCCGAAUCCUCCCCUGCCUCUCAACCUCCCCGCACUCCUUCUUCUCCGACGCUUUCCCUUUCCCCAACUCCUUCGUCGCCGGCGAAGCACAGCUCCCCGAUGAGCUCUUAUCCGCCGUCGACAUUUACCAUCGCGGUAUCCACAUCUUCUCCCGCGUCAUCGAGACCGAUACUUCUUCUUCUUGGUUUCGUGGAUCCCCCUUCUUGAUCGACGCCAUGGACCAGAAAACAGAGCCGAUGAUUCCGCGGAUGAUCAUAUCGCCGGAGGACUUGACGAUGAGCUGGAUCUUAAUCGAUCCAGCGAGGGGUCGGGCUGUGAACGUAUCGAGCCGGCGAGCGGUGGCGAUGGAGCGGAACUGUUACACAGGGGAGACCAUGGUGCGGUUCGCAUCGGUAGCGGCGGCGGGGGAAAGGGUGAUCAGAGCGGCGGUCACAUGCGGCGAAGUGACGGGGCAGGUGAGGGAGGUGGUGCUGACGGCGGAGGAUAUUGACGGGGGUUGCGUGAGCGGGGAGGAAGCGAUGAAGCUUGUGUGGGCGAUGAUGGAGUCCGGGAGGAAGGGGAGGGGGAGAUGGGAGGAAGAUGAGGAGGCGAAGCAGAGGUAUAUGGAGUACUUGGGGAAGAAGAGGAGGAGGAAGGAAAGCAGGGCUCGGAGAGAAGGGGUUUUGGAUUUGUGCUGCACGGCCGUGGGUGUGGCCGUCUUUCUUGGCUUUCUAUCGUUGACGGUGUUCCGGUGAUUUGAAGGAGAAGAGUUAGGGUUUUGUUUUUCUUCCUUUUUUUUUUUUUUUUUGAAUUUUCAAUCCUCGAUAUAAAAAUUAGCUGAACUAGAGAUGUAAAUGGACUUUUUAUUUAG